UUCACUUCACUCAUCUCAUCUCAUCUCAUCUCUUCUCUCACUCUCCCUCUCUCUCUCUCUCUCUCUCUCUCUCUCUCUCUCUCGAUUUCUCUCUCACACACAAAUAAGAGCUCAAGUUCACUAAACCUUCCGUUGCAACUUGCAAAACAGGCCUUUUUGCCGUUCUCUUGCUCUCAUUCCACACAUUUCCUGUCUUCGCGGAUACUUACUAAUUAAUUUUGAGGGGUGAGAAGCUGAGUUGAUGCGAGAAUGGUGCAAGGUCCAAGGCCCAAAACUAGGAAAAACCCUUGUGUUCAGCUUGACUACGUUAUUCAAAUUCAGGAGAUAAGCCCGUGGCCCCCAUCUCAGUCUCUGAGAACAAUUCGUGCUGCUCUGAUUCAAUGGGAACAUGGUGAGAGGAAUUCGGGGUCCACCAAUCAAGUUGUGCCUUCAGUUGGGGCGGAUGCUGGUGUUGGUGAUGGAAAGAUUGAAUUCAACGAGUCUUUUAGACUCACAGCGUUACUGGUGCAGGAGAAGUCUAUGAAAGGUGGGAAUGGGGUCACUUUCCAGAAGAACUGCAUUGAGUUUAAUCUUUAUGAACCACGACGGGACAGGUCAGUGAAGGGUCAGCUGGUGGGAACUGCUGUCAUAGACCUAGCAGAAUGCGGCAUUAUCAGAGAAAGUUUGUGCAUAAGUGCUCCUGUUAACUGCAAGCGAACAUAUUCGAACACGGCACAACCGCUUCUCUUCCUUAAGAUCCAGCCUUAUGAGAGGGGCAGGCGAAGCUCCUCAUCAAGGGGCAACUUGAUGAGAGAAUCUUCGAUGGACAUGAGUAAUAGUGAAUCGGUUUCUGCAUUGAGUGAAGAAUAUGCAGAAGAAGCUGAUGUUGCCUCGUUUACGACAGAUGAUGAUGCCUCCUCGCACUCAUCUCUGGCUGUUACUUCAGCAGAUUCAAAUGGAAAUGCAUCACCUCAAAAUAAAGAUAACAGAACAGUGGCUGUGAAUGGUAAAGAAGCUAAGUCAGAUGGGGAGAAAGUGAUUGAGUCUCAUGUGAAACCAGAAGACAAUUCUUUGCAGUCCACUUCACCAGAUUUAACUUCAGAUCUAGCAUGGAUCUCAAAUAAAAUUCUUUCACGAAGUUCGCUGUCAUCAGCACCAGAAGAAAUGGCGAAACAGCUAAGCUCAAAUAAUGAAGUUGGCGAAGAUGAAGCAGACUUUAUUAAGCAAAAUGUUUCUAGUGGUGGUAGAGAUGUCCAAGUUCACCAAAGGGAUGAGGAUGUGGAUUCUGUUCUCAGCCACAAGCAGGGUGGCUAUAAUGCUUCAUUUGCUGGUACAGAAGAUGCUGAACGAACAAGUUCACCUGGAAGUGGUUUCAUAGAUGGUGAGAUCAUAGAAGAAAUACAACAAAAGUACACUAAUAAAACAACAACCGUGGAAGACAAAGAGCACCAUCCUCAGGUUGACCCGACCAUUGGCUUUUCUGAAGUUGAUGCCCAUAGGCAAUCAAAUCUGGAAAAUGGUCCACCUUCUGAAACUGAGGAAAACUAUGAAUUUAAUAAUAAUAAUUCAAAUGUGGAUAGAUUAAAGCAUGGGAAGUCUGUUCGAUCAUCUGCAGAUUCAAGCAGGAGCAAUGGCCCUGUGAGAAGCAACCGAUUUCUUGUGGCCGAUGUUCAGAAUCAUUCUCGAGACUCAGUAAGCUCUGAGUCAAAAGAUUCUAAGACAUGUGAAAUGAAAAAAAGGGAGCCAUUUUUUGAUGGUAGGAUCCAGCAUUUGGAAAAUAGAAUGAAAGUUUUGGAGGAAGAGUUGAGGGAAGCUGCUGCUAUAGAGGUUAGUCUGUACUCUGUGGUAGCAGAACACGGAAGUUCCAUGACUAAAGUCCAUGCUCCAGCUAGGCGUCUCUCAAGGCUCUAUUUCCAUGUGAGCAAACUGAAGUCGAAAACAAGGAGAGGGAGUGCUGCUAAAAGUAUUGCAUCUGGAUUAGUUUUAGUUUCCAAGGCAUGUGGAAAUGAUGUACCAAGAUUAACUUUCUGGCUCUCAAAUUCAAUUGUAUUGAGAGUUAUUGUCAGCAAGUUUCUUAGUUCUGCCACUGGAAAAGAGGGGGACAGCAGCGGAAAGAGAAAAUCAUUACCCCUUAAAUGGGAGUCCUUCCCUGGUAUGAGUGCUAAAAGUGCUAAUGAGGAAUGUUUGGACAACUGGGAGGAACCUUCAACAUUUAUAGCUGCUUUGGAAAAGGUUGAGGCAUGGAUAUUUGUACGAAUCAUCGAGUCCAUAUGGUGGCAGACAUUCACUCCGCAUAUGCAGUCGGGUACUACCAAAGAAAUUUCCAGCAGUCUGGAUUCUGAAUUUAGCAAAUUAUACCAGAGAACCUCCAGUUCCAUUAAACAGCAGCAGAAUAGUUUUUCUCUGGAACUCUGGAGAAAUGCUUUCAGAGAUGCAUGUGAGAGGAUAUGUCCUGUUCGAGCUGGAGGACAUGACUGUGGCUGUUUGCCUGUGCUCUCAAAAGUGAUCAUAGAGCAAUUGAUAGCUCGUCUAGAUGUGGCCAUGUUCAAUGCCAUCCUUCGAGAAUCAGCUGAUGAAAUCCCAACAGAUCCUGUAGCGGAUCCUAUUAGUGACGCUGAGGUUCUCCCCAUUCCAGCAGGGAAAGCUAGUUUUGGUGCUGGUGCACAACUAAAAGUUGCGAUUGGGAACUGGUCCAGAUGGCUUACUGAUAUGUUUGGUGUCGAUGAUGAUGACUUGCUCAAGAAUAACUCAGAAGCUGCCGUUGAUGAUGAUGAACAAAUAUCGAAGGAUGCAUCAUCAAAGUGUUUUCAUCUCCUCAACGCACUGAGUGACCUUAUGAUGCUUCCCAAAGACCUGCUACUGAGUCAGACGGUUAGAAAAGAGGUAUGUCCUACAUUUGGUCCUCCCCUUAUUAGAAGGGUUCUCAACUUUUUCAUCCCAGAUGAGUUUUGCCCCGAUCCAGUUCCCGCAGUUGUACUUGAAGCCUUAAACUCAGAGGAUCCUUUUGAUUCAGAGGGUGGCUCCAUCAUGAACUUCCCGUGUGGCGCAGCACCCAUCGUAUAUCAGCCACCAUCAGCUGCUUCAGUUACUAGUUUUUUAGGAGAAAUCGAUUGCCAUCCUCAGCUCACACGUAGCCGGUCCUCUUUGCUGAGGAAAUCACAGACGAGUGAUGAUGAACUGGACGAGUUGGACUCACCGUUGAAAUCCAUCAUCCCGGAUGCGUUUGAGGCAUCUCUUUCGUCAGCAAAGCAUGGCUGGACACUGAAGGAGAAUGGAAGCCGCAAUCCUUUGAGGUAUCAGCUCCUUCGGGACGUGUGGAUGGAUUGUGAAUAACGAAUGAUUUCGUCACAACUAUCAAUCGACCUCGUAAUAAUCUGCAAACUCAUCGUCAGAUGUUGGCAAAUCGUGUAGAGAUUGUAGCAAUAAAGUGUAUAGGUUUAGCUGUCUUGAUAUGACUUUCAUGUUGGUCUUUUUUGUUGCUGCGUAUAAAAAAGGGAUAUCUAAAUUCUUAGCCAGAAUAGAUUCUCUUGUUUUGAUGCAAUAAUUCAGAAGUGUAAGGUAAAAGUAGGUGCAAUUUUUGUGUGUCCA